AUGCUUACUAGUCAAGGACAAACUGUUCGGCUUAGUGAGUCAAUAAUCGAUGGUCUUGUCGAUGCCUAUAAUGAUUUACAUGAGCACAUUCAUAGAGAUGAACAAUACAAUAAUUAUUUUGGUUUGCGUGACUAUUACUCAUUAAUAAAAGGCGUUAUUCAAGAUGCAAUUCAAACACAAGAAGAUCCUUAUGUGUGCGUUCGACGCCAGUUAUCGGUUGAUUUUGAUGGUAUUGUUGACGGUUCUCGCUAUAUUUAUGCAUCAUCGAAAUUUAAAACAUUACUCGAUCAGUGUUUGACAAGACGCACUGGACGCUAUCUGAUGUUAAUUGCUGAAAAGGAAAGUGUCAUCGAUUAUGUCGAACGAUAUAUCAUCGCUCAUCAUCAGUCGCAACCGGUACGCAUAUUGAUUGGUAGUUGUUCUCCAGGUGAUUUAAUUUCAGGCACAACCUACACUGAACAAUAUAACUAUCGAGUACUCAUGGAUAUCAUUCUUUAUGUGGAAAGAAAUACCAGAUUAGUUCUGCAUCGAAUGGGCCAUCUUUAUGACGAUCUCUAUGAUUUAUUCAAUCAAAAUUUUGCCGUAUCAGCAGGAAAAAUAUUCUGUCACAUUCCACUUGGUCCUCUCUAUCAUUCAAGAUGUCUUGUCAAUGAUGAUUUUUACUGUGUGGUAUUUGUUCAACGACAAGAUCUACCUAAAUGUGAUCCACCAUUUCUCAAUCGGUUUGAAAAACAUAUCAUCGAUAUGGAUAAUCUUGUUCAUCCACAUCAAAAAGCAAUAACAUCUGAUCUACUUGUUUGGCUUGCCGAGUUAUUAUCAUCUAAUACUAAUAAACACUUUCCACUUCUUCAACAUUUAUUUAUUAACUACAAUUUUGAUUAUAUCUGCAAUUUGGUCAUUGAUGCAUUUGAUCAUCUGAAUAUUCCAACCGAUAAUGAUAAGGAAAUUAUUCAUCCAUUUAUUCAUCAAUACUGUGAUAUACAUGAGCAUCUCUCAGUUUCGAGCAUUAUUAAGAAAGCAAUGGCGGUUAAACAAAUGGCUAUACAGAAUCAAGUAGUCUAUACUUAUACUCAAUUACAUGAUAUGAUAAACUUUGGUGAAGAAAGUAAAAAUGUUGAAGAAAUCAAAUUAAGUCAUUUCAAACUUGAACUUGAGUUAAUGAAAAAAAUCUGCUUACAUUAUAAACCAACUACACAAGCACGUUUAUUACUCAUUCGUGUUGAUUAUCAUUUUGAACAAAAACACAUCCUUUGUCUCAAAUAUAUUUUAUACAAUCAUCGUGUGGACACCAGUGAUCAAGGCGUUUGGAUUGUGUUUCAUCUUCAACGUAAUCUUCUCAAUCAAGUCACCAACGAUGUUCUAUUCAAUGGUUGGGAUAUAGUGAUGAUCGAAGAUCUUAAUGAACAUAAACUCAUUCCUCAAGAAAUCCUUAUCAAUCCAUCGUAUCUUCAGCUUAUCGCUGAUGAUCGAUUUCGUUUUGACGAAUGUACAUUUGAUGAACGUAUUAAUCGUUGUUUUACUAAAUUUCGAUACAUUGUUUCUUGUAAACAAUAUGAACAUCAUAUUAAUGAUCGUCUCGAUUAUCUUCUUUUAUCAAUAAAAAUAGAAAAUUCAUCAUUACGUUCGAUCAUUCAAUCUCAUCUGCAAAUACUACAAACUACUGUUCAGUCAAAUUCUCAAGAUUGGCAACGAGAUCUUCUAUACAAUGAAAUAGUUAUUGAAUUACCGCUCAUUUUUUAUUUACGUUUACCAUGUGCAAGAGUUGAAUAUGAAAAUAUUCGUCGAAUUCGAGAACUUUUAAUAGAAAUGCCUCAAGAUUAUAAUGAUAUGUCUGCGGACAAUAAUGAUAAUAUACUGGAUAAAUUCUCAAUCAAUCAAUUAAGAAACAAAAGUAUUUACAAACAGAAUUUUGAGAUCAUUAUCAAUGAUGUAAAUCUAUUGAAACAUUUCUACCAUGAUCAAAUUUCAUUGGCACUCGAUGAAGCAAAACUUUAUCAAUUGUCCACCUCAUUUGUACUAAAAUUACUUACAUCAAAUCCUACUCGAUCACCAAUAGAUUUACUCAAACAUUUACUUGAUAAUCAUACUGAAUUAAUUGAAUUGUUACGUAUGUUCGAGGCCGGUUUAGAACUUGUCAAUGAAAAGAAAUUAAGUUCCGAGAUAUUUCAACAACAAUUUAUUACAAGUAACAAUACUUCAGCAGCUCCAAUCAACAAUCCAAGUGAUCCAUUUAUUGAAAUUAGUUUGAUGAAUCUGAUUGAACUGAUCAUUUCACCUUCAUCGAUUGGAAAUGUAAAAAAUAUUGAACAACAAGCUUGUCGUCGUUCCAAUUAUGAUGUGAAUUAUGCAACAUGUGAUGAAAUUCAUAAUUUUAUUAAUGAUUUAGGUGAAAUGAUUAAUUCAAAUUUAGAGGAAAUAAACAAUAUUAAUAUUGUUCAUGAUCCAUUAGUCAAACUUGAAAUUGAAUUCAUGAAAAAUUGGCUUGUUGAUCAUGGUGAUCAGACUAAUGAACAAAUCCCACAAUAUGGUGAUGAAAUGGAACAAUUUGAUCAAUAUUUAAAUCAAUUGAAUGAUCCAACACGAAAGAUCGAACGUUUAAUGGUUAAUCGUAUACAUAUGCAUCUCAUUCUUGAUGUUCAUGAAGAUAAAGUUAUUGAAGCUAUACUUCGAAAAGACUUUGUGCGUUUCAAAGAACGUAUUCAACAACUUGUAAACGAACAAUCUGACCAUGGUUCGACAUUAAUUGGUUUAACAGCCUGGCUAAAAUACUAUGCUCAAUUGUAUGCAUUAGCACUCAACAAUGAUAAGAAAGCAGAGGUCAUGAACAAUAUCGAUCAAUUAUUAACUCGAGAUAAUUCACAAUUUUGUUCAACCCUAAAAUUAUUUGUAACCAAACAACUUUGCCAAUUUUUUAAGAUCACACUCAAAGAAUUACGGGAUAUAUUUAUUAAUCGUACUUGUACAUGGAUUCGUCAAAUGAUUACCAAGCCAAAUGGUCAACUAGCACAAGAAAUCCGACCCAAUAUUAUUUUACCAACACCACUAUUUCAGUUUCAUAAAGAAUUUAUGCGUAUUAAUCAAAUACUCUCCCAUAGUACCAAUAGUGAUCAUGUGAGACAAUUAAUCAUCGAUUGUUCGACUAGACAAGAUUCAUCAUAUUGUUUUAUCAUUUGGUUUAUUCAAUUCUAUUCACAUUUCUGCAUACAAGAUAUGCCAUCCGAUAGUAAUCUUAAACAGUUGAUCGAAGGAAAGCUCAGUGAAGUGCUUAUCAAUUGUUUCGAACCCAUCGGCUACCGACUACUUGUUGGUUUAUGUAAUAAUUUCAAUGAUAGUUCAUACUUCUCCUUAGAGCCAGACAUGAAUAGGACCGAAAUUCAUCAACAAAUGAUCGUAUUAAAUAUUGUUGCUGUGCUACUCUCCUUCAAAGCCGUUGGUCAAGCAAGUUGUCUUGAUACUCUUCUCUUUGAUAGAAAUCUCAAAAUGCCUGAGAAUUACACGCAAUAUUUACAGAUAUGUGUCUCCUUACCCGGUCUUAUCACAAAUGAUCCAAUCGUUACACAAAUGAUUGAUGUACACACACAAGUUCAAGAACGUUUGGGGCGAAAUAAAAUAAGUACAGGAGAAAGAUUCAUUUUCCGAUGCUCGAGUGAAUAUCUCUGGAUGUUCUAUUUUGAAAAUUGCGGUCGAGCUAAUGAUCGAAAUCUAUGUCCAUUAUGUCGAAAAGAAAUAGGUGCUGUGAAAGAAGGUGUUCUCAUUGAACGUCAUCCACCACAGAUUCAAAUGUCAUAA